CAUAUCAAUAAAUAAAAAUAUCAACUAAAAAUCAUGUUUACUAAAAUGUUUUUAAUCGGAAAAAGGAAGUUUGUUUCUCGGAAAUUGUACAAACGCCAUCUUGAUUCAUCGUAGCUUUAAUUCGCCAGAGUCAGUGCCUGUGAAUGGACUUGUCACAAUUGUUCUAUAUUAUUUUGUACGUGCUUUGUUUCGUGCAUUGUAUGCAUUGUAUGACAAAUUUCAAGACCGCGCCGAGGUUGGAGAAAGGGAUUUUAAUAAGAAGGGACGAAAGAAAAAUAUAAACGAUUUUGUUCUGAUUUGGUGCAUUUGGACCUUUUCUUUAUUCCUGGGCAACGCAUAAUCUCGUCAUCGUCGGCGUCCAUAUUUGAAAUAAAACGAUGGCCAUGGAAAAGAUGCGAAAGCAAGGGCAGGACGUCAUGCAGGUCAACUUGGCAGGAAUUAGGCGAGAUAUCCUGAAUCUCGCUCACAAUUACAGCAAUGCUCAGAAAGCUGUACGAAAAGCGACGAGCAAUGAUCCGUGGGGUCCAAGCAGUACGCUCAUGUCAGAAAUCGCUGAUCUGACGUACAAUGUUGUAGCAUUUACAGAAAUUAUGCAAAUGCUCUGGAAACGCCUGAAUGACCAUGGAAAAAACUGGCGGCAUGUAUACAAAGCCUUGGUACUUUUGGAGUAUCUCAUCAAGACUGGUUCGGAAAGAGUAGCUCAGCAAUGCAAAGAAAACAUCUUUGCUAUCCAAACUCUAAAAGAUUUUCAAUACUUGGAUGGACACAAGGAUCAGGGAAUAAAUGUGAGGGAGAAAGCAAAGCAACUAGUGGCCUUAUUGAAGGAUGACGAGAGAUUAAGAAAUGAAAGAGCGAGAGCCUUAAAGGCUAAAGAAAGAGCGGUUCAAUCCGUUCGUGGAUUCGGAAGCGAUGGAGCCGAUACGAUUUCCCCAGUGAGCGGUGACUUUCAGGAGUGGGAACCAUGUCAGAUCGCCGAGUCUACGUCAAAACCGGAAUUAGAAGCAGCAAGACCGCAAACUGUUGGCGAAGAAGAGCUGCAGUUGCAAUUGGCACUAGCGAUGUCGCGAGAGGAAGCCGAGCAAGAAGAGCAAAGAAGGCGUAGCGACGAUGUGAGACUGCAAUUAGCACUUAGUCAAAGCCAACAAGACUUUAAAGCUCCACAGGCCGAGAAGCAAAGUCACAUGCUCGAUUUGCUUGAUGUAAGCUUGGGAGAAGCUAGUGGAUCUAAUGUGCAAACUGACCCCUGGGGUGUCCCGAUCACUGCGCCGCCUCCAAGACCUCAGGGUCAAGGCGAUCCUUGGUCAGUUCCUACAACGAGCAGCACUUCUCCGCCAGUCGUCGAUCCUUGGGCUCCGACUCCCCCACAAAGACCAACUGAAAUCUCAGCGGCAACUGUCGAUCCAUGGCGAGCACCUGCUCCAUCUCCCGCAACUGUGGCUUCUCCGCGAACUGCAGAUCCGUGGACUCCAGCGGAAACCAGGCCUAUCGGAUUUAAUCUACCACCAUCGUCAAAUACUAAUUUCACUUCUGCAACAAAUGGAUUUAAUGGCGCUGGCACCAAUUUCAAUAACGUUUCGUCGCCGAAUCAAGAAAAUGCCAGUCCGCUAAACGACCUGGAUGAGUUCGACAUCAUUAGCAAUCGAAAUAAAAUGGGAGCAAGUCCUCCAGCCGUUAAUAAUGGGAGUGCAGUUUCGCCGGAUCCAUUCGAUUUAGUCGGCCUAAGCGAUAAUCUUCCUCCUAGUACUGGUGCUGUUAAAAAGACUCCUCAAUCUUUUCUCGGUGAAAAUUCUGCACUGGUCAAUUUGGACAAUCUCGUGAGUGCGUCCGCAAUCAAACCUGCUGCACCAGUACCGACAUCGAACGUUGUGUAUUCUGCGAAUCCGUUUGCUGCAGCAACACCACCACCCCGUCCUUCAAUUAAUCAGAUUCGACAAGAUCCUUGGACUGCGAGUACGACAUCUCCUGCGAAUCCAUUUCUCUCCUAGCCUGCCAAUUUUCAAUGUAGAGGUCUAAACAGCAAACCAAGAGAGCUACGUCCGAAAGUGUCUUUGAGAUUUUAUGAGCAACCUCUUACGACAAACAAAAAGUCUCUUCGUGUUACUGGAAUGAAUUUCGACUGUGACUUUUUCACAAUUGACUACGCAAGCUAACGUCUCCUCACCUCAAGAAUCGUUGCAUUUUAUCGAAUUCUCUUCUUGGGAUGCGAUUCUUUCGCGAAAAUAUCCAGUUUAUUGUAAUUAUAAUACCAUUUUUUAUUCUUUUCUCAUUUCUAUAAUAGGCCGAAAGCACGUUUUAUGCAAUAAAUCACAAAACAACACCGAAGUCAUUUACGGCACAACUGUGAAUCUUUCUCAUUUUAUUAUUAGUUUCGCGCGAAAGCUCGCUGAGGAUAGAUAGGUUUUUAUACGUGUGCUCUUUUUUUCAAGCCAGCACCAAAAUCACUGUCGAACGCGCGAUACGAAACAACCAAAUGUAAAUUGUAAAUCGAAACGCGUUUUCUACUGCAACGAAUCAUACGAUAAUAAUUGUAAUUUAAUUCAUUGUAAUCCAAUUAAUUUUAAUGCAAUUUCUUCAGCGUGCUUUGUAUCAAAUUUUAAAAAAAUAAUUUUUUUAUGGAUUUUUUUGUUCGUUGGGCGUGCUCAAAAAAAAAAAGAGGACAAAUUCGGGACUUCGAGUUCUGUUUAUUUAGAUUUUUUCUUUACAAGGAUACUUUAGCAAGUGGCAAGGGUUAGUUUUUAAGUUUGAUAAAUCGAAAGUGAGUUUACAAUUGAAGUAGAGCGCCAAGGAAUAAUUUUCAGUAUGAGGAUGAUGCGGGGUCGAAUCGCCGAUGCUUUUUCGAAUUGUAAAUAUCAUUGUUUCAAGCAUGUGUUGUUUUCAUCGUCCUGCUUCGUUCGCUAGUAUUACAGAUUGCAGAUUUUUUUGAGAAAAGCGACGAAAGGUCAAUGGCAAGCUUCAUCGGUAAGUUCUUUUGUAAAAUGACCCAUUGUGUCAUAUUCCUCUAACAACUAUUAAUUAUUGUUUUAGCAGUUUUUACGAUACACGCUAGCACUAAAUGCAUUAUUGUAAAAUGUAAACUGUGAAGUGUAAAACAGUAAAGUCGUCGUGAUCGUCCUCAAGUCGAAACUACGGGUAAUGAAACUCACGAGAAACACAUAUUCUCUCGUUCGACAGUUUUCACUUACGAAGUUUGCUUUCGACACUUUUUAUCGCAAGAGAAUUUACAUGAAGAUAAUUUACAAAGAAGCUUAUUUAUAUAAAACUAAUUUAUAACUGUUUAUUCGAGUAUUCAAGGCGUAUUUUUCGGUAAAUUAACAAAAUUAUGAAAGAACUCGAGAUGUUUGGGAAAAAAUGUAAAUUAAUUUUGGCUAAAGUGUCAAGAAAUGUUACAUUAUAAUUUAUACACUGCAUUUAAGAGACUUAUUACUUCGUUCUUGAUCCAAUGACCGGGACUGUAAUUGCUAAGUCUGAGUAUUAAAGCGGAAAGAGUUUUUUUUACCAACGUCUUCGGUUCUUGAAUUUUUUUUAUCUGUUGUAGGUUUUAACAACUGAUGCGAGAGUUAUUUUCUGAAACUAUUAAAAAAAAGCAUCAUAAUAAAUUAUUAUAUAUACAUAUAUUAUAUAUUUUAGUAGGUUGCGUUAUACACUUAUUAUUAUUAUUAUUCUGCAAAUAACUUCUGUUCUAUUUUAUUCUUGUAAUUGCGAAAAUUGUAAUUCAUCAUGAGUUAAAUCUUCGAAAUAUUUAACAUUUGGUCACUCACUAACAUGGAAGUAAAAUCAAAAAGUGAUAUAUUUAGUUA